AUGGGGAACACGCUGACCUGUUGCGUGUCCCCCAAUGCCAGCCCCAAGCUGGGCCGGCGCUCGGGGUCGGCAGAGCCGGACUACCAGUCUGACACCUACGAAGCGGCGGCCGGGGACGCGGUGGCCGUAGCGCCGGCGCCAGCUGCCGCCGUGGAGCCCGCCGCCGACUUGGAUUUAGGAGCCGGCGAGGGUCACCACCUGCAGCACAUCAGCGAUCGGGAGAUGCCCGAAGAUUUAGCUUUGGAAUCUAACCCUUCCGACCAUCCAAGAGCAAGCACAAUUUUCCUCAGCAAAUCUCAAACAGAUGUGCGUGAAAAGAGGAAGAGCAACCAUUUAAACCAUGUAUCUCCAGGGCAGCUUACUAAAAAGUAUAGCUCAUGCUCAACAAUAUUUCUAGAUGACAGCACAGUCAGCCAGCCUAAUCUUAGAACCACAAUAAAAUGUGUGACCUUAGCAAUAUACUACCACAUAAAGAACAGAGACGCAAAUAGAUCCUUGGACAUUUUUGAUGAGAGAUCACAUCCACUCACAAGAGAGAAAGUUCCAGAGGAAUACUUUAAGCAUGACCCUGAGCACAAAUUUAUUUAUAGAUUUGUUCGUACUCUUUUUAGUGCUGCACAGUUAACAGCUGAAUGUGCAAUAGUAACUUUGGUUUACUUAGAAAGGCUUUUAACUUAUGCUGAGAUCGACAUUUGUCCCACUAACUGGAAAAGAAUAGUUUUGGGAGCCAUUCUUCUUGCCUCCAAGGUUUGGGAUGAUCAGGCUGUGUGGAAUGUGGACUACUGCCAGAUCCUCAAGGACAUAACCGUUGAGGACAUGAAUGAGAUGGAAAGGCAUUUCUUGGAGCUACUGCAGUUUAAUAUUAAUGUUCCUGCCAGUGUGUAUGCCAAAUACUACUUUGACCUUCGCUCCUUAGCGGAUGACAACAGCCUGAAUUUUCUGUUUGCUCCUCUCAGCAAAGAAAGAGCACAGAACCUAGAGGCCAUUUCAAGACUGUGUGAUGACAAAUACAAGGACUUGUGCAGAGCGGCUAUGCGGAGAUCUUUCAGCGCUGAUAAUUUCGUUGGUGUUCAGCGCUCCAAUGCCAUCCUCUCUUAGAAGAGACUAAUGAGGAAUGAUACUAACUAGAACUCCUCAUCUACAAUGACUGAAGAAAUGGCAACUCUUCUGCCCAGAAACCAGCAAAGUUAGACUGUAAAUUCAAGAUACUCGUAGAAAAUGACAGUUGCACUCCAUAGGAAAGAAUGGGACCUUGUCAAGGCAACAACACUUUUGUCCUUUUUAAUGUAAACAAUUUCAAAAACCACUCCAAAGCAAAGCUCCUGACUACACACAGAUAUUGCUUACUGUGUAGGCGAAUAGCUGUGAAAUAUGUGAGGUUUUUUUUAAUUAUUAAUAGUUCCAAGUUUUAGACUUUUGCUUUUGGAGACAGGGUCUCAUGUAGCCCAGGCUUGGCCUCAAACUUGUUGAGGCUGGCCUUGAACUCCUGACCUUCCUGCCUCUACCUCCCAAGUGCUGGGAUUACUACUCCUGGCUCAACAUUUUUAGUUGCUAAAGACACUAACUAUGUAACUUGCGUGUGCUUUUUUUUUUUUUAAUUUUACUUGCCCCUGCCCCAGAUUGCUGCACAUGCUUUAGAACUGAUGCAGUAUUACCAUUAAAGCACGAGGCUCUUUCCAUUUUCAUGGUGCUAGGAAUCAAACUGAGGACCUAGCAUGUGAUAGCUGAGCUUCUGACCACUGGGCUAUACCCCCUCAGCCUCAACAUGGGAUCCCUAAUACUCAUGAAACCACCUACGAGCAAUCUGUAGCAUUGUUAGGCUACAGUUCUUUAUACUGUAUCAUCAAGGCUGCUAGUCAAUAUUAGCAAUUGGAUUAAACCAAAACUGCUGCUGAACAACACUUGCCAUUCCCAUUCCGCGCAGGCACUGCUUGCUGGCGUCAUGGCAUGUCUGCAGAAGGUAUCGGUUGCUGAGCACUUCUGUUAGGCCCAUGCUGCAUUUUUUGUGAACUAUUAAUGGUGCUUCUCAUUUUCUCAUAAUUUUCCUCUGACCUGUUAAACAAGUGUGUUAAAAGAUACUUUCAUAAUGCCAACCAACAUAGUGGUCCAGUGAUAAGCAGAUAGCAAAAUGUAAGGUAUCCCUCAAACUAAGGCAGCUCUAAGCUUUGCCUACAGACCGUGCUGGGGCUCUCCGGGUACUGCAGCAGAAUUACAAAUGUUGCAAACUUUGGCAAAACAUCAUUGAAAAGUUUUAAUUUUAGCCAGGCAUGGUGGUGCAUGUCUUUAAUUCCAGCACUUGGCAGGCAGAGGUAGGAGGAUUGCCACGAGUUUGAGGCCACCCUGAGACUACAUAGUGAAUUCCAGGUCAGACCGGACUAGAGUAAGACCCUACCUCAGGGGUGGGGGAGGAGUUAAUUUUGUAAAUUUGCAAUAUUAAGCUUCUAAUUUUAAUAUUUUUGUUCUAGUCCUAUUUGAAAUUGCGAACAUUGAAACAAAUUAAAAUUAAAGGCUUGUUCCAAAUUUGCAAAAUUGUUUAAAAAAUUUGACUUUUAAAUGAUUUUUUUUGUAUGUUUGUAGCAUUUAUACUUCUAUAGGAAUCAGAGCUUAAAAUUGCAUUGAGAUUUGGGGAUACCUUGUAUCUCCAUGGAAGUGUGGCUUCUUUUUCAAGUAGUCUUGGCUGGGCUGGACUCUGCCUGCUUUGGUCAUCUACAUUUCUUUACAUUUGGUAAAGGAAGAUUAUGAAGAGCAGUGUUGAUUCAUGUAUGAUAAAUGAAAUUGGAUCCUCAUAACAGCAGGUAAAAUGAAGGCUUUGAAAAAUCUACCUUGUGUUAGUCUGGCUGUAGGUGUCCCAUUUCAAGUUUGGCUGCACAAGAGGCAACUUAAAUGUACCUCAGGAACCCUUGCUUCAGGCUUUAGAAGACAGGGAGUAAAUCAUUAGGCAAUUGACAACAAUGACAGCUAAAUUUGAUUGGGGGGUGGUGGUGCUGACUCAAGGUCUGAGUGGCCCUGGCUGGCCUGGAAAUAACUCCUGGACCAUCUAGCUUCUGCUUCCCAACCAAGUGCUGGAAGUACAGGUCUAUACCAUCGUGCCAGGUUUAUGCACUGCUGGGGGUUAUUAAAGCCAAGGUUUCCACAUCCUAGCCCCUUAGUCUGGAAUCUCAAAAGAUUUGUGUUUAGAGGUGUGGAAAGUUUUACUUGUCCAAUGUAAUCUUGGGAUUAGCAUCUGUGAACAGAACCUUUGUGGGCUCUGCAGUGCUGCUGGCUUCUUCGUCUUAAGGACAAACCGUGGUAAGGAAGGAAGUAUGAAAUACUACAAUCUACCACCUCAAAAGAACGUUGUUUAUGGAGUUCCGAGUUUGGAGAUUCAAGUAUUGAUUGCAAUUUUAUUUUGAAAAGAAUACUAAAACUUAUGUGGUUUUUCUUUCUCAUGUUUAUAUUAAAAGAAAAGCUAAUAAAUUCUAUUUUAAUUAAGA